CAGCUCUUGCGUCCUGGUCCUGUUCCGGGUGUCGGAAGAUGGCUGACAGUGGAUCCGUGGCAGCGAGAAGAUGCGACUCCGGCUCCUUGUCCUCUGUGAGUAUGGAGACUAUCUCCGCGCUGACGGAGCUGGAGGACCUGGAGAGAGUUUACCAGCAGCUCUGCGCCGAGGAGAAGGAGGUGGAAGUUGAGCUGGACAGACUGGUUGGCCAGGAGGGGACUAUUCACACCAAGAUGCUGGCGCUGCAGAGGAUGGGACCCAAUCUGCAGUUGAUCGGAGGGGAUGCCAGUCAGCUGUCGGGCAUGAUCAAUUUUACCUGCAGUCUGGCUGAAAACGUCAGCCGCAAAGUAAGACAGCUGGACCUGGCAAAGACGCGGCUGUAUAAUGUCAUACAGCGUGCAGAUGACAUCCUCGAUCUGAAAUUCUGUACAGACGGCGUGCAGACAGCUCUACGUAAUGAAGACUAUGAACAGGCUGCUGCUCAUAUUCAUCGAUACCUUUCUCUGGACCAGUCGGUUAUUGAGCUCAGCAGGCAGGGAGAAGAAAGCAGUGCCGUGGACGCCAGUCUGGUCAUGCUGCAGGAGGCAGAGCAAAAACUGAAGGUCAUCGUUUCUGAGAAGCUCGAUGAAGCUGUAGCAGCCGUGGAUCUUGCGCAGGUGGAAAGGUUUUUCAAGAUCUUUCCUCUGUUGGGCCUCCACCAACAGGGACUCGCCCGCUUUGGUCAAUACCUCUGCAGUCAGCUUGCCUCCAAAGCUGAGGAGAACCUGUUGUUAGCUACAGGAGGAGAUCUGGGUGAGAAGAGGGCUCUGCUGAUAUUCGCAGACACUCUAACACUGCUCCUUGAAGGUAUUGCUCGUGUUGUUGAGACUCAUCAGCCUAUAGUAGAGACGUAUUACGGUCCAGGCCACCUGUACACACUGAUCACUCACCUGCAGCAGGAAUGUGACCGUCAGGCCCAGAAGAUAGUCGACAAGUUCAUCCAGCAGAGAGGAUACCACAGCAAGUUUCAGAUUGUCCAGAGCAGCAUGAUGAAGAGCAUGCCAGGCGAGAGGAUUGAACCAAGAGAGCUGGACCCUGUGCUGUCAGAGGUAACUCUGAUGAACGCGAGGGCGGAGCUCUACCUGCGCUUCUUACGGCGUCGCAUGAUGGCAGACUUUGAAGUUGGAGAUGCCCAGAGCAUCACACAGGAGCAUCAGCAGAACAUGGAGAAGCUGCUCAAACACUGUCAGCUGAGCAGAACCAUGCAGGAGCUGAUUGGCUACUACGUUCCUAUGGAGGAGUACUACAUGAGGGAGUCCGUCAACAAGGCUGUUGCUAUGGACACAUAUGAAAAGGGUCAGCUGACCAGCAGCAUGGUGGAUGACUGUUUCUACAUUGUAAAAAAGUGCAUCAGCAGAGCAUUGUCCAGCUCCAGCAUCGACUGCCUCUGUGCCAUGAUCAACCACGCAAACUCUGUGCUGGAGUCUGACUUCAGGGAGGUGCUGUACAAUAAGCUGCGUCAGGGCUUCCCAGCCACAACGCUGCAGGACAUCCAGCGUGGUGUGAGCAGCGCGGUCAGCCUGAUGCAGAGCAGCUUACAGCAGGGCAAGUUCAACACGUUGGGCAUUGAGAGUACCGAAAACGCUAAGGCUGCAUUUCUGGUGACUCUGAAUAAUGUCGAGGUGUGUAGUGAGAAUAUCACAACUCUGAAGAGGAACCUAGAGAACGACUGCUCCAAGUUGUUCAGUCAAGGCGCAGGUUCUGGUGAACAAGCCAAGAUCGAAAGCUGUUUGUCCGACCUUGUCAGCACAUCCACAAAGUUCAAGGAUCUCUUACAGGAGGGUCUGACUGAGUUAAACACAACAGCCAUAAAGCCUCAGGUCAAACCGUGGAUCAGCAGCUUCCUUUCCAUCUCGCAUAACAUCGAAGAGGAGGAAUUUAAUGACUAUGAAGCUAAUGACCCCUGGGUGCAGCAGCUCAUUGUUAAUUUGGAGCAACUCAUGGCAGAGUUUAAGACGGCCCUCUCUCCUGUCAUCUACGACACGCUGACCAGCCUGAUGACCAGCUUGAUAUCCAUUGAAAUGGAGAAGACGGUCCUCAAAUGCUCAUUCAGCAGGCUUGGAGGGCUGCAGUUUGAUAAAGAGCUUCGUUCUCUUGUGGCGUAUCUCACCACUGUGACCACCUGGACCAUCAGGGAUAAAUUUGCUCGACUCACGCAGAUGGCCACCAUCCUCAACCUGGAGCGGGUUACUGAGAUCCUGGAUUACUGGGGCCCUAAUUCAGGCCCCUUGACGUGGCGGCUGACCCCGGCAGAGGUGCGCCAAGUUCUAGCGCUGCGCAUCGAUUUCAGAAGUGAAGAUAUCAAGAGGCUGCGGCUGUAACUGAAGAUCUUGUACGCUUGGUUGUUGGCGACUCCUGCUCUCUACCCACCUUGUGAUGUUUUUCCCCUCAAGGCUUUCUCCAUGUUUCUGCGCAGAUGUGGCCAAGGCUGAGGGUUUCUUUUUAUCUGAAACAACGAGUGCUGAUUUCUCUUCAGUGGUGUUUUCAGACCUUCUGCUGCUCAGCCAGCUGAUGUCAGUCUGUAUCAAUUACAGCUGAGCUCUUAGGGCAGUGAUUGUGGACUCUUGUAUAUGAAUUAACAGUAAAAUAUGACACUAUUCUCUCCAAUAUGUAAUUAAAAGUGUAAAUGUGUAAUUGUGUCACAGCGGGAGUUCCAACCUUUUUUUUUUUACCUGUGACUGACUGAGAAACGAGGACAUGCUGGGACUGAGGAGCGGAGCUCUGCGGCUUUCAGUGAAACAGAGCAGUAAUGAACAUCAUACCCAUUAAACUGACAGAAGCAGGUCA